AUGGCCACACGGAGCCUAACGGAGGUUUUUAUAUUGAUGCGAAAUAAUGCACUCCAAAGUCGCCACAUAUUUUCCGAACAAGUUGCUGAUGAUCGCAUGGCACUUGUGGCCAACUCCCAGAUGGAUCUGGAGUUGGGACUCAACAGUACCAAGGCAGCUCGACUGCCACCAGAAUGGGUUGAUGGUGUCGAAGAAGUGCAAUAUGAAAUCUCAAGGAUAAAACAAAAAAUGAAAGAAUUAUCCGCCCUUCAAAACAAGCAUCUCAAUCUUCCAACAAUGGAUGACAGCAUUGAUGAAGAACAUGCCAUUGAAAUUCAGACCCAGGAAAUUACCCAGAUAUUUUCCCAUUGCCAAAACCUGAUUCAUCAGAUAAGUCGACGGAGUAAAAGUGGAACACAUCAAGAAAUCAGACUUUGCAAGAAUAUUGUUUGUUCGCUGGCAAGAACUAUUCAGGAAAUGUCGACUAAUUUUAAAAAAUUUCAGUCAUCAUACCUACAGCGAUUGAAAAUGAGAGAAGAUCGAUCGCAGCAAUAUUUUGACUCCAAUAUCAAUCUGGGAUCUGGAUUCUUAGAUGAUGAGGAUUUGUUACUGGAAGACAAUUCAUAUGAUAAGAAUUUCACCAGUGUCCAGAAACAAUUGGUAGAAGACAAUUCAAUAGUGAUACAACAAAGGGAACAUGAAAUAAUGAGAAUUGUUAGUUCGAUUCAAGAUUUGAAUGAUAUAUUUAAAGAUUUAGCAAACAUGAUUGUCGAUCAGGGUUCAAUUCUUGACCGUAUUGACUACAAUGUGGAAAUGGCCAGUGUACAAGUGGAGAAAGGUUUGACGCAACUGAAGAAGGCCGAGAAACAUCAAAAGAAGAGUCGCAAGAUGUUGUUAAUCACUGUCUUGUCUGUUGUCAUUAUCGUUCUUAUAAUUAUUCUGAUUGCUGUCAAGCAUUAA